CCGUCCUAGUGUUUGCCUGCAGCAAGAUGGCGGCGGUCUCAAUGUCAGUGGCGCUGAGGCAAGCGUUGCGGGGGAGAAGGGCAGCGGCUGUAGCUGCCGUUUCCGUUUCCAAGGUUCCGACCAGGUUGCUGAGCACUUCCACAUGGAGGUUGGCACAGGACCAAACUCGAGACACGCAACUCAUAACGGUUGAUGAAAAAUUGGAUAUUACUACUUUAACGGGUGUUCCAGAAGAGCAUAUCAAAACUAGAAAAGUCAGGAUCUUUGUUCCUGCUCGCAAUAACAUGCAGUCUGGAGUAAACAACACGAAGAAAUGGAAGAUGGAGUUUGAUACCAGAGAGAGAUGGGAAAAUCCUUUGAUGGGUUGGGUAUCAACGGCUGAUCCGUUGUCCAACAUGGUUCUAAAUUUCAGUACUAAAGACGACGCAAUUGCCUUUGCAGAAAAAAAUGGAGGAGUGCGUUCAUUCGGUGUGUCUCCACAUCUUAGAAGAGCUGGAGAGCUGUACUUAAAGCAGAAGGUGCCGACAGAGGAUGGAGCUAUGAUGUUGAAGAGAGAAGGGUUCCGAAACCAAAGUCCAAGUCUUAUGGCGCAAACUUUUCUUGGAACAAAAGAACAAGAGUAUCCACAAAAUAGGUUGGCACGGAUUAUAUCUCUGCUUGACCGUGAAUAAAGUCAGCUGUUCAGUAUUUAUAGUCCGUGUAUAUUACACCUCACUCUCCUAAUAAAUUUGACCUUUAAACUACA